AUGGAUGCCUCAUUGCUCUUGAAUCCAGCUGUCAGUCCUCAUGCUGUGGACUCUUUAUCUGCGUUGCCAACUCAGGGCGGCUCUGAGAACAACCUAAAAUUCAUCUGUGAGUUUAAGCAUGGGCCCUGUCCAACGCAGGCGUCUGGCGAUGAGGACUACAAUGUCAAUAUGGCUUGCGAGUCAGUGUCGGUCAUCCUCCCUGCGCAGUGCAGCGUCCACCAGCUGCGGCUACGCAUCUGCAUUCAGGCACAGGAACAAAAUUGCCACCCAGACCCACUUGCAUUACUGGACCCGGAGAAAUACACUCUGCUGUAUGCCAGGGAGGACGACUGGUACGAGGCCUACGACGACUGUCAGGUCAUCAGGACGUUGGACAUCCCUUGGUCAUGUGACGACGCUGGCCGUCUGUCGGCUCACAUAGUGGUAAAACCGCUGAUGGCAGUCGAUUCGGAAGAGAAAAAGAAGCAACAGCAGCAUCUGGCUUACCUGAUCGGACACGACCUGGAGAGAGAAGCCUCUGACAGACUCGGCGAGCUCAUGUUCACCCGCCGGAAACUGGCAUCUCCGAGAAGACAAGAGCUAAAGGAUCGGGAUGACAAGUUAUAUGCCACAGAACCUUGGAUAACGAGUGCCCCCAUUCCAAAUGACCUUGAGGACCAGCUGAACAGAAAGCUCCCCGUCACCCUCCAUUACAUGAGCAAGAUCAGCUUCAGCAUACAGGUGGACUUUAGUGCGACACCAAGUGUUCUUCUCACAUUUUUUAGAAGGGUGGCGGCAGACCAGGGGCUUGAUUAUGACACUUCGGAUAGUUUGGUGUUGAAAGUCUCGGGGAGGGAGGAGUUUUUAUCUGGAGACCACCCCUUGAGCAGUUUCCUCUGGGUUCGACAGUGCUUGAAAACAAACCAAGACUUCCACCUCUCCGUGGUCCCUGUGUCGCAGCUCGUCGACGAGACUGUCAAGUUCGUGGACUGGCCUCUCGUUGACAGUUCCAGUGGCCAGUUCAGCUCCCAUGACGAUCUUCGCCUCGAAGGGAAGGAUUUGGACGACAUCUUCAUGAUAUCCUUGUGGGACUGCAACAGGAGGCUCCGAGUGAAAUUGCUUGGCUUCGACAUCCCAAACCUUCCGAGCAAAUGCCCUCAGUCAGUUUACGUAAAAGCCUCCAUACUCUACGGAAACAAGGUUCUCUCUUCGGUGUCCUCCCUCCCAAAGACCUUUGCAGAAGAAGUGCUGUGGAAUGAGUGGCUUGACUUUGACGUUCUCCUCAGCGAUCUGCCACGUGGAGCCAAGCUGGGUUUCACUAUUAAUGCUAGUGGUGGUGAAAUCCCCCCAGUAACCAAAGACCCCAAAUCUUCAGUAACCAGAGACUCAAAGCCGCAACCAUCUUCAGUCAUUAAAGCACCCAACCUGCAGAAAGGGAAAGGAAAGGUGCUCUACUUUGUCAAUCUUCUCCUCAUUGACCACAGGUCCCUCCUAAGCCAGGGCCCCUACACCAUGCACAUGUGGUCAUACCCAGACGUGGAUGAAGAGGCCAUCACCUACCAGGCGGACAAGCUGUCAUCUGCCACCAACCCAGACAUAGCAGACUCCAUGGCUAUCAGCUUCCUUCUGGACCGCUACAGCUUCCCUGUGGUUCUACCAAAUAGCUUCAGCGCCUCUGAAUGCUCCGGCAUUCCGUCCUCCAGCCUCCCCCAAACCAAAUCCGCCGCCUCCUCUAAUGCAGCCUCCCCCUCCUCACCCCCUUCCACCUUACCCAACACAGAUUCUCCCUCUCUGCAUGUGAAAGAUGGCCAGGACUCAUCGACAGACAAUGUGACUCUCAGAAACCCAUCCUCGGUCACCAACACAAACCAGGCUUGCCUCAAAAGGUUCCGGGAGGAGAGCAUCCGCUACGCCUCAAAUCUACCCCAUUAUCUGCGAAAUGUUGAUUGGAUGAACCGCAGAGUGGUGGAGGAUGUCCACUGGCUACUGGGAAACUGGGAUCCUGGAGAGCUGGAUGUGACGGUGGCCCUGGAGCUGCUAAGCAUGGACUUUGCUGACGGGACGGUCAGGAGACUGGCAGUCCAGAGAUUGGAGAGCCUGUCAAACGAUGAUGUAUUGAUGUAUUUGUUGCAGCUGGUGCAGACCCUAAAAGUGGAACCUUACCAUGACAGUUUCCUUGCUCGGUACCUCAUCCAAAGAGCUCUGCGGAGCAAGAGAAUUGGCUACUUCUUCUUCUGGUAUGUCCGCAGUGAGGUGGCAGGGUGUCUCUACUUCCGUCAGCGCAUGGCUGUGAUCUUGGAGGCCUACCUGCUGGGCUGUGGUCAGGCCAUGCUCGACAACUUCGCCCAGCAGGUCCAGGCUGUAGAGGCUCUGCAGGAGGUUGCUUUAACCAUUAAAAAACUCUGUGACAAGUCUGACUUGCCUCCUACAGCAUCCCUCAAGCUUCAAGAGCUCCUUAAAAACAGUAAUCUACCGGAUGAGUUUCUGGUGCCCUUUGACCCCCGGAUCAAAGCUGGAAGGAUCCUGCUGGACAAAUGCAAGGUGAUGGCCUCCAAGAAGAAGCCACUGUGGCUGGAGUUCACUCCCAUGCCGUCGCCCACCUCUGCUACACCUGUAGGAAUAAUCUUCAAAGAGGGAGACGACCUCCGACAGGACAUGCUGGUCAUUCAGACGCUGGUGGUGAUGGACUCUAUCUGGCAGGAGAAAUCUCAGGACCUUAACCUUGUUCCGUAUGGCUGCAUCUCCACAGGACACAACAUAGGUAUGAUUGAGAUUGUGAGAAAUGCAGCGACCAUCGCUGCCGUCCAAUGGAGCCAGGGAGGAACGUCGGCAGCCUUCAGGAACGAUGCUCUAUUUGAUUGGCUCAAAUCCAAAGGUCCACUCCAGGAAAUACACUACAAGACCGUGGAGAGAUUUGUGAAGUCCUGUGCCGGUUACUGUGUGGCCACCUAUGUUUUGGGUAUAGGAGAUCGACACAACGACAACAUCAUGAUCACAGACCAAGGGAACCUGUUUCACAUCGACUUCGGUCACAUCCUGGGCAACAGGAAGCACUUCCUUGGCGUGAGCAGAGAGCGCGUACCAUUCGUCCUCACACCUGACUUCCUGUAUGUCAUGGGAAGGGGCAAAGGGCGCAACAGCCUCUACUUUCAGCGGUUCAGGGACACCUGCAUCCAAGCAUACCUCUCCCUGCGCUCGCACUCCCGUCUGCUGGUCACUCUUUUCUCCCUCAUGCUGCUGACGGGCAUCCCUGAGCUGAGUGCUGCAGAGGACAUGCGCUACCUGCGGGAGGCGCUCCAGGAGGAACAGGGUGAGGCAGAGGCCAAGGAGCAUUUCCUCCAGCAAAUCACUUUGUGUGAGCAGCAGGGCUGGACCGUGCAGGCCAACUGGUGGAUCCACAUGGUUGCAGGCAUCAAGUAG